UUUGACGUUUGUGUUGUGUGUCAAGGGUAAAUUGUCAAGAGAAAAUAAAUAAUUAUUCUAAAUAUUAGUGCUGUUUAAAAUGUUCGUGAUUCGUUUCUAAUCAAAUAUCAACGUUACGUUUAUCGUCUGUCUACAUGGAUUUGUCAAUAGUUGUACGUGGCGAUAAUAACUCGGAAAGAUAGAUACAAUGCUAGUGCGGACGCUCCCAACGUUUGGAUUUUGGCUCAAUUAUUAAGAAGCAGUUGUUUUUAAUCAUGUUAGAGACGCUGACAAUAGUUGUGUGUGGGGAAAUGAUGAUAAGCUAGUGUUUGUUAACUAUCGAAAUGGGGGAUAAGAUGAACAGAGAAUACUUCGAAUCUGGGGCUGCAGCCUUCAACUACAACAAUGUGACGGGCGGCGGGGACAGUGCGAGCGGCGGGUCGGGCGGCUCGGGCAUGGAGUGUCUGCAGCUACGCUCGCCGCCCGGCCCCUUCCACUACCUCAUCUCCGAGCAGGCUAAGUCCCUCGUCGCGCUACAGGAACUCCAGAAUGAGGUCGGAGCUCUGCUCGAGUUUCGCGACCUCGUCAUCGAGACAUUCCCGAACCUGCGGUCCAAGAUGGCGCCGUCGACGCCGAGCGGCGCCGCGCGGCGCGACUGGGAGCCCGGCGUGCGCGUGCGCCGCAAGCUGGCCGGCGGCGAGGCCGCGCGCGCCAAGCCGCAGCCCUCCGUGCAGGACUCCGGCUUCAGCACCGAGACCAGCUGCGGCAAGGACGCGCACUCCUCGGCCUCCGCGCCCGCGCCGCGCGCUCGCCCGCUCGAGGAUGAGCUGUGGGCGCUGCUCGACGUCAUCCAGCGCAAGGGCUGCCGCCUGCGAGACGAGGCCGAGCUGCUGCGAGGCGAGCUGGACGAGCGCCACGAGCCGCACGAGCGCCACGAGCCACAUGAGCGCCACGAACCGCACGAGACGCACGAGCCUGUGGAGCCGCACACGGCCGAGGAGGAGUUCGUGCGCGCGCUGUCUCGCGGCGCGGAGGGCUGCGCGGCGUGCGGCGGCGGCGCGCUGCGGCGGCUGCGGGCCGAGCGGGACGCGCUGCUGGCGCACGCGGCGCAGCUGGAGGCGCAACACGCGGCCGCCGUGCCCGGCGUACCCUCGCCCGCCACGCCGCUGGGCCGCCUCGACGCCACGCUGGCCACGCCCACCCGGGCGCCCCGCGUCGCCAUGCCGGACUCCAAGAAGUUCGCGGCGAUUCUCCUAGAGAGCAAUCCCGUCGAACUUCAAAGACAACUUCUCACCUCCACCGUGCAGAAUCAGGUUUUGUGCGAGAAAUUAAAGCGUGCAGCGGCGCAACGCACUGUACUACUGCAGCGGCUCGAGCAUAUGCGCGAUCAGAACGAUGACCUCAAAUUCAGGCUAGAGGAGAAAAACAUCGAGCUGGAGGGCGCACGCGCGCUGGCGCGGCAGCUGGAGGGCCGGCAGCGCAGCGCCAGCGCCGACAGCGUGGAGCGCUCGCGCUCGCACAGCAGCAUGCGCGACAUGGAGCCGCUGGCGCUGCCCGACGACGAGGCGCCGCGGCGCCGCCCGUCGCGCAUCCCGCUGCACAAGCCGGCGCGCGCGCCCGCGCCGCCGCCGCCGCGCCCGCCCUCGGCGCUGUCGGCACGCUCGGCGCGCUCGGCCGCCUCGGGCCGCAGCGGCGCGGGCGGCGCGGGCCCGCCCAGCACCGCGCCCGCCUCGGGCCGCAGCUGCGCGGGCGCGGCGGGCCCGCCCAGCGCCGCCCCCGCGCCCGCCCCGCGCCCCGCCCCCCGCAAGGACUCCCCGAAGUCGGGCGUCCCUGUCCGCCGCUCGCCCGCGGCGCACGAUAACAAGGGCGCGUCGCUGCCGCCGGGCGCGCUGGUGGCCGAGUACGUGUGGCGCGCGGCGCGCCUGGCGCCGCUGCUGGCGCGGCGGCCGCCCGUGCGCGAGCGCCCGCUGCCCAGCGACCUGCUGUUGGCCUACGAGACGCCCCACAACCUCGCUCUCGAGCUCUGCAAGUCGAUCCUCUACGAGAAUUCCGACUCGAUCGACAUGAACAACCUCAAGUCGUUGCACUCGGCCGGCGACGACUCGCUGUGGAACGGCAAGCCGCAGCAGUACUUCGAGAGCAUGAACUACGCGGAACAGACUCGAGAUGACCCCGACAAAGAGUACGACGCGGACUCGCUCGCUCCCCGAUAGUUUCGAAAUAGACUCCAUUAUGCUUCCAGUAUUUCACACAUAAUAUUAAACGAAAACUUAUAUUUCCCGCGUCAUCGAUGUUAUUCUUCCUAUUGGGCGUCUCGUUACGUUUAAAGGACUUCCAUAGGUACCCAGAUCAUUCCACAACUCAAAAGGCACGCUCUUAUAAAUGUCACGAGUAAUCUGUGAUAUCACAAUAUGAAUUUAUUCACUUCCAUCGUCGGUUUUGUAGCAAGUUUUAAAUCAUCUAUUUGUUAAAAUGAGAACCUACGAAAUUAUUUAAAUGAAGUGUUUUUAUUGCUAUAAUAAGCAAAUUUCAUGUUUCGAAAUAAUGUAUGUACUUUAUAUUUAUAAUUAAAAAUAUAAAAUGUUUCCUACCGCUUCACUAAUGUGAAACGUAGUUGAAUGUCAAACUCUACUAAUGAAAUAUAUCGUAGUUUCAUUUCUAAUAUUCAAUAAUCAAAUUAUAUAUUGUGGUAGUGUACAGUCAAAUGAUAUUUGAAAAUAAUGGUAGCUAUUUUAAAUACCUAAUUGUCAUUCCUAAGCCUAUAUUUAUGUAAGAACAGACUGUAAUUAUAAAUGAGUGAGAGCUUGGAACGACUGUAGCAAGGCUGUGAAACAUGAUGUGUGGGCGAAGUUGUUUCUCAUGUUGUCUGAUAACUAGUUAGUUAGGAAUAUUAGGGAAUGGUUCACACGGUAAAACUAUGUGUGUCAACGUUAUAUUAAUUAUACUAUUGUUGUUGAACUGCGUCCAAACGUCCAGUGCUGAACGUCCUCACGCGACCGCGCACGACUGUUGUAAGACUUUCAAGGAUUAGUUGAUUUUGUAGCGUAACAGAACUCCACACGGCAGAGCUCGGAAACAAAUAGUAGGAGACUGAUUUUGUAUAAAAAAAAAACAUAGUGAUAUGCUUAUACCAAGGUAGGAAAACUCCAUAUGCCCUUACUUGUAAUGUCUCUUUCUAUACUUUAAGUUUUACUUCGUAAAAAGAUUUGCCUACUAAGGUCUUUUAAGUAUAACUACUAGGAUAUUGAUAUUCCAUCUCCAUAGUGUAUAUGACUGUAAUUUAUGUAAAUUAAGAGUUAUUAGCUAAAUGUUAACUAUCGAUAAUUAUUUAAGUCAACUGUUUUAUGUACAGCUUUCAUUCACGCUAUUAGAAUUUGUAAAUUAUUAAGCCACUACCUAAAUAAUGUUAAGAUACUCAUACAAUUGUCUAGUUGACUUGAAUCUAGUUGAUGAUUUAUGUAAAGUUGUACAGAAAUCAUAUCAUUAUAUACAAAUUAUUCAAAUAAAUUGUUCAUAUCAA